GGCCCAUAAAUACCAGCCUGUCUGCGAGUUAGACGCCAGUCCUGGUGGCCCGGGAAGCCCAGAUCCGCAUCAGCGGUUCUGCACCCCACACCAGCAUGUGCUCACUGCCUGUGCCCCGGGAGCCCCUGCGUCGCGUGGCUGUGACCGGGGGCACGCAUGGCAACGAGAUGUCGGGCGUCUACCUGGCCCGGCACUGGCUGCAUGCCCCCGCAGAGCUGCAGAGAGCCAGCUUCUCCGCUGUGCCUGUGCUGGCCAACCCGGCAGCCACAUCCAGCUGCCGCCGCUAUGUGGACCACGACCUCAACCGCACCUUCACCAGCAGCUUCCUCAAACUGACUGAGACUGUGAAGAUCGGUGUCCCCCAUUCCCGUCUCCACAGUUCCAGGCCCACUCCGGACGACCCAUACGAGGUAACAAGAGCCCGAGAACUGAACCAGCUGCUGGGGCCCAAGGCCUCGGGCCGGGCCUUUGACUUUGUCCUUGACCUGCACAACACCACGGCCAACAUGGGCACCUGCUUAAUCGCAAAGUCCUCCCACGAAGUCUUUGCCAUGCACCUGUGCCGCCAUCUGCAGCUGCAGUACCCCGAGCUGUCCUGCCAGGUCUUCCUGUACCAGCGGUCUGGGGAGGAGAGCUACAACCUGGACUCCGUGGCCAAAAAUGGAUUGGGUCUGGAGCUGGGCCCCCAGCCACAGGGCGUGCUGCGGGCUGACAUUUUCUCAAGGAUGAGGACCCUGGUGGCCACAGUUCUGGACUUCAUCGAACUCUUCAACCAGGGUACGGCCUUUCCUGCCUUUGAGAUGGAAGCCUAUAGACCCGUGGGCGUCGUGGACUUCCCCCGCACCGAGGCCGGGAACCUGGCAGGCACUGUGCAUCCUCAGCUGCAGGACCGAGACUUCCAGCCACUGCAGCCUGGUGCUCCCAUCUUCCAGAUGUUCAGUGGGGAGGACCUGCUCUAUGAGGGAGAGUCCACGGUGUACCCCGUGUUCAUUAACGAGGCUGCCUACUAUGAGAAGGGCGUUGCCUUUGUCCAGACUGAGAAGUUCACAUUCACCGUGCCUGCCAUGCCUGCGCUGACCCCUGCCCCGAGCCCAGCUUCCUAACCCAAGCCACACCUCCCCAACCUCAGUCUUCCCAUCUGAACGAUGGGUCCUGAGGCACAGCUCUGAGCACAGAGGUCCCUUCUGCCACCUACCAUGCACCAUGUUCCUUUCCAGGCCUCCCCAACCCCUGGCCUCAGUUUCCCUUUCUAUAAAAUGGAAGAUGUCCAGA